AUGUUUAUUUGUGGUGAUAGAACGCAGAAAACGUUCCGUUUACAUCGUGUUGAAUUUCCACCGAAAACUUGUUUUUCUGAUCGCAAAAAACCACCCGGGACACGAUGAACCAGCUGGAGAAAAAGGAACCGCUGCAGGCGAUCCUAAUUGACGACAAUUUCAGCGAUUGUUUCGUUCCGUUUACCGAACGAAAGCCACUGUCGCUCCUGCCACUGGUGAAUGUGCCGCUGUUGGAUUACGCAUUGGAAACACUGAACCGUUCCGGCGUGGAAGAGGUGUUUCUGUUCUGUAGUAACCGUGUCGAACAGGUUAGAGCGUACGUACAGCGACAGCAGCAGUUAAACCGGUGCAGCUGGUCCGUUGGAAUGUCUGUUACGAUCGUCAGCUCCGAGGGGUGUCGGUGUUUGGGCGAUGCUCUGCGAGACUUUGACGCUAAAGGCAUGGUGCGGGGAAACUUCAUACUGAUGGGGGUGGACACCGUGACGAACGCCAGUCUGGGUGUGAUUUUGGAAGAGCACAAGCGGAUCAUGAAGAUGGAUAAGGGUGCUACCAUGACGGUGCUUUACAAGGAGGGCGUUCCGCAGCAACGUACCGGGAAUGAAAUAGUAAUUGCCAUGGAGAAGAACACAAAACGUUUGUUGUACCAUCAGCGGCUCAAGCCGCAACAGAAGGAGAAGAACUUUAAUUUUCCGCUGGAAAUUUUUCUUCAAAACAAGGAAGUAACUUUGCGACAUGGUUUGUUUGAUCCGCAAAUCGCCAUUUGCAGUCCGACGGUACUGCCACUGUUUUCGGAUAAUUUUGAUUUUCUAACGAGGGACGACUUCGUGCGAGGUUUGCUGAUUAAUGAGGAGAUAUUGGCCAGCACAAUUUAUGUUUCGCCGCUUCCGAAGGAAGAAUAUGCCAUUAGAAUUAACAACUGGCAGACCUAUCAGCUGGUCAGCAGGGAUAUCGCUAAUCGGUACGUUUAUCCGCUGGUCCCCGAUAUGGGGGUUUGCGGGUACCGGCAGCAGUAUUCCUUCUGUCGAAAUAACAUCUACCGUCAUCAGGAAAUUCACCUUGCUAGAGGAAGCAUGCUAAAGACCGACGUUGUGGUUGGCGAAAAUUGCGAAAUCGAUGAGAAUACAGUAAUUGACCAUGCCGUGCUUGGAAAGGGCUGUAGAAUUGGUAAAAAAUGUCGAAUUUCAAAUUGUUUCCUCUUCGAUGGAGUGGAAGUCGGUGAUGGCUGCGAACUGGAUUAUUGCGUCGUUGGCGAAGCUGUUAAAAUAUCGUCCAACUGUCGGCUGAGUAACGGUUGCAUUUUGGGACCGAAUGUUGUCCUGCCGGAGGGUACAAACGUCGCUAAGGUGACGCUUCAAUCGACGAAACCUAAUGACGACUGGACAGAAGGUGCUUCGGAGCAAAUAGGUGCGCAAGCAUACACCGUUCCUGAUUCCGUGCCCGGUAAUGAGUUUGAUUCGGAGGAAGAAGACGGUCCAACGAAUGCCAUAAAUCAUUCUAUGCGGCUUUGCAAGCUAGAGCGGGGUCAGGACCCACCAACCGAUUAUAGCAGCUCAUCCGAAGAAGGAGAAUCACGUGGUAUGUCUCCAAUUCAGGAGGAUGCCAACAUAUUUCUUUCCGAGGUACUGGAGUCGCUCAAGCGUGGCUUUUCUGAGCGCACAAACCCGGAUUAUCUGAUAUUGGAGAUUAAUUCUUCUCGCUACGCCUACAAUAUGUCCCUCUCGGAGGUCAACUUCUACGUUGUGAAAGCGAUUCUGACACUGCUUACCAUGCAGGAGAACGCUGCGAGUGCCAUCGUUUCAACACUUAGCCAGCUGCUAGCGUAUUUUGGUCCGGUGUUUAAAAAUUACAUUCGCGGUCGCGAUGCCAUGCUUGACUGUUUGAAAGCAUUUGAGGAAACGUCCGAAGAGGAGGAAAUGGUCCGCAGCAAGAUUGCCCAGCUGGUGCAUUUUCUGUACGAGCGGGAUUUCAUCACCGAGGAGGUCAUUCUCGAGUGGCACCAGGAGUUGGAUGAAGAUGGUCCGGGAUCGAUCAAGCAGAGCUUGGCUAAGCUUGUUGACUGGCUGAUGCAGUCCAGUGAAGAGGAAGAGGAAGACAGUGAAUAAAGUCUCGGAUCCGA